AUGAGCGAUUCGAUUCCCUCAUCAUCCACUGAACGGCAGGUUAAGCUGAUAGCCGCUGGGCUUAAGGAGUUGUCGCUGGACUCUCCCACGUUCCGGGCCUCCAUGGAACACAUGCACUUCCAGGUCAGGCUGGUUGAAAACUGGUUCAAUUCGAUCUUGGUUUACUACAAAGACUUUGCCAAAGUUCACAAUGAGCUGAGAUCGAUCUCAGAGAACAUUUCGGGCAUUCUUUGUCCCACUUUCAUCAACCAGGGUAUCCUGGACUUGGAUUACACUCUGCCGAGUCUGGAGAACUCGGCUGCAAUCAUGAAAAAGGCAUUUACAGAGCUGACGGAGAUGUACUCGCUGGAGGAAGGGACUCUGCGGAAGCUUGAGUCUUUCAUUAAGGUGGAUAUCCGUGAGUAUUACCUCAUUCGAAAGGACUUUGAAGAGAUCCAGUUCAAGUUCGAUCAGUACCUGAUACGCUACACUUCCCAGCCUAAGACCACGGAUCCCCGUGCAAUUCAGCAGGAUGCCUACCAGUUGUAUGAGCUGAGAAAGCAGUAUUUGACUGUUUCUUUGGAUUUGUAUUUUUCGUUGACUUCGCUGCAGUCCAACAUCUCGUCGCAUCUCAUUGAGUUCGCAUGGUCUGUUCUUGAUGAUACUCCUACCACAGAAAAGGUAAUGAGCGUUUUUCAGGUUGGCCAUUUUUAUCGCAAUCUCCAGAAUAUUUCACACUGGAAUCGGGAGUUUCAGUCUCACAGAGAAGCUCUAUUGAGAGACCUCCAUGAAGCCAGGCUCCAGACAGAAGAGAACGCGUUGCUGCCAUUCAGACCGCCCAAAGAACUAUCUGCCUACUCUGUUUCCUCACUGACGAAUUCUAAUCUGAUUGGCGAGUCGGACGAUACCUCUGAGAAGCAUGGGUGGUUGUUCAUGAAGACCACUGUCAACCAGAAGGAGGUGUGGGUCAGGCGAUGGGCGUUCCUCAAAAACGGAAUCUUCGGUCUCAUGAACCUCAGUCCUUCGCGAAGAGCCGUCCAAGAGACGAACAAGUUUGGCAUCUUGCUCUGCAAUAUCCGGUACUCGCCCGAGGAGGACAGACGACUGUGCUUCGAGAUCAAGAUGAUCGACACCAAGCUGACUUUCCAGUGCGAGACCAGAGCAGAGCUAAAGAGCUGGAUGACGGUCUUCACCAAAGAAAAACGGCGUGCGCUUGAGAUCGGCGGUUUAGAUGGGAAAUAUGCCGUCCUUUUUGACCAUUUUGCUGACUCAAUCAACACCAGCGUGGACAACCAGCUCACCACCGUUGAUCCCAAAAACUACGAGAACAUGCUGAGAAAGUUCCAGGCCGUUCAGAGGGUUGAGUACGACGGUUUUUCGCAGAGUUUCCGUGUCCAGGUUAAUACUCCAUUGAGGACAGAAAGAACUAAUUUCGCCUGCAUUUCCCACGCUUUUGUGAAUGGAACGCUCAUUCCCACGGCUGCCACUGCCAACAUCUGGGGAAUCGUCAAUUGGGGAACGUAUUAUCUUGGAGAAGGCUCCAAGGCCAAAAAUGGGCUGACCAGGUGGGGGAUUUCGCAGGAUUCGCUAUUCCCCAGCUUCUAUCCUAGCUACUUGAAACAGUUGGAUGUCGAGAUGAAGUCUGUGUUUGAGACCCUGGUUGAUCCUGACGAAUUCUGUCUUCUCUCUGUGAGACAGGUAUGGGCUCCUUCGCAUAAGGAGGAGCUCUGUGGAAGAUGCUAUUUUUCUCAGAACCACUUCUAUGCUUACACCAACAACUCCGGGUUCAUCUCACUUAGCAAACAGCCAAUCACGAACCUGGUCUCGGUCCAGGUUGUCGAGGAACAGCACUGCGAUGUUCUUAAGAUCUUCAUGGUGAGCGGUGUUUCCAUCAAGACGAAGCUGUUCAUGGACCCAGGCAAGGUGGUGAGCGACCAGAUCAACCUGUUGAUUGAAAACCACACCGUUCGAAACCCAUUGUCUAUGGAGCAGUUGAUCUCCAAGUUCCAUGAGAUCAGAGAGAUCUUCAAGAAGGAGCGACUGACUGCAUUGAACACCGCAGCUCCAAGAAAAGUGGAGUCUGUGGUGACAUCUGCUGACACAGGCCAUCGUGAAAUGCGCAUGAACUACUCUGGCGAGAUGGACUUGGUCUGGGAUAAGGUAUAUCCGCUGCCUGCGAGAGCGCUGUUGCAUAUUCUGGUUGGUGACCAGUCCUCCAUCAUCCACACGAUUCUCCCAUUCACAGAUCCUCGUCAUGAGCAGAUUAAGGCCGAGAUGUGGUGUUGUGAUCAGAAGCAAAGGCUGACCAGAAGGGCAUGGCCCAUGAUUCUCUGGGAUACGCCCUCGGGAAGGGAGGCAUGUAUUGAACAGUGCAUUGAGACCAUGGUCCAUGGUCAAUACUAUAAUAUCACCGAGACCACUCAAUUGCUCAAACUUCCCAUUGGGACGCCUUUGCGAGUCAAAUGUCGCUUCAUCAUCUGUGGACUGAACAACUCGAGCUGCAAACUGUCUAUCUACUCCAAGGUAUAUUUCGAUGACAAGUCCAUGCUGAACUCGCUUUCCGACGGAUUUUUGACGAGGGUUGUUCAGCUCAAGGUGGAAAAACUGGACCAUAAGAUUGACACGGUUCGUCAGAAGCUGGACGACGAUAAGGUGGUUCUCAAGGCCCUUAGGAUAUGCGGACAGAUCACCAAAAGAGAUGCCGAAUACACGAAUCCGAUUGUUGAGGACAGAACCACCAUCCAGAUCAUCAAGAAAAGCAUCAUUGUCCAUUACUAUUGGCAGAGAGGUUUCGUUCUUAGUGCCCUCGGUCUCCAGUGGUUACUCAAGUGGAUUUGGGAUAUCCUCACCAGCUUGAGAACCCAUUGGGUUCUGGUACUUGCUCUGGUGGUCUCCGCGUUCUUCAACCUCAGCUUGAUGGGAAAAACCACUGUCUCCUACUGGACAGCCACCAAGAACGAGUCGCUCAUCAAGUCGCUCGUGGACGUUCCAAAUGUGAUGCAAAGAGCAGUCAAUCUCAAGGACCUGGAUGCUAUGGUGACGGUUGAGCUGCCCGACCGCCAAUCAGCGUGUUUCUCUCGAUUCAAGGUGAACUCCAUGGUAUUGAACCGUGGUGAAGACUAUGACAAUUUUGAGCUCAAGAGAGAACUGCUUGAGUUGGGUGUGCGCAGAAACGAGCUGCUGACCCAACUAAAGGCGUUGAACCGGAUAGAGGCCAAUCUUGCCGUCACAGAAUGGAGAAACUGGGUGAUUUCUGAGGGUCAAAGAUGUGAUUUUGUGCAGAAACAACUUGGUCUUAACGAUACUGAUGCCCGUUGGGACGACUUGGUUGAGUAUUGUCGAAGUUGUUCGUAUGAUUUGAACGAGAUGCUGGGACGCUUAUAG